AGCUGGCCCCGCCCAGCUGCGCUCCCUGCGCGCGGGCGCCCGGCCGGGACCUUAAAGAGCCGGGGGGCGGGCGCGAGCCGGCUGGGAGCGGAUCGGCCGGCGGGGACCGUGUGCACAGACCUUGACUAUACUUUGACCAAAAAAUUUGGAUCUUGACAGAAAAUAAUUGACUGCCCCAGCUUAAAAGUGACUUAACGCAAGUUUUAAAACUUCCGACUUCUGUUGGUUACACGGAGGAGCUGAGUCCGUCUCCCUGGUCUAUGAGAAUCUUCUGAAUCCGCAUCACAAGAUCUUUGAAACCCAGCUUAAUCACCACCAACUUCACUCAAGAUGCCGCCAGCAAUUGGAGGCCCUCAGGGAUACACCCCACCAGAAGGAGGAUGGGGAUGGGCUGUGGUCAUCGGAGCCUUCAUCUCCAUUGGCUUCUCCUAUGCAUUUCCCAAAUCCAUUACUGUGUUUUUCAAAGAGAUUGAGGUCAUCUUCGAUGCAUCUAGCAGCAAAGUCUCCUGGAUCUCCUCCAUCAUGCUGGCUGUUAUGUACGCAGGAGGUCCCAUCAGCAGCAUCCUGGUGAACAAGUAUGGCAGUCGGCCAGUAAUGAUUGCUGGGGGCUGUCUGUCCGGGUGUGGCUUGAUUGCAGCCUCUUUCUGUAACACUGUGGAAGAGCUCUACUUCUGUGUUGGGGUUGUGGGAGGUCUUGGGCUUGCAUUUAACUUGAACCCAGCCUUGACCAUGAUUGGCAAGUACUUCUAUAAGAAACGUCCAUUGGCCAAUGGAUUAGCUAUGGCAGGUAGCCCUGUAUUCUUGUCUACACUGGCCCCCCUGAACCAGUUUUUCUUCAGUAUAUUUGGCUGGAGGGGGAGUUUUUUAAUUCUUGGUGGCCUUUUGCUGAACUGCUGUGUAGCCGGAUCUCUGAUGCGACCUAUAGGCCCCAAGCCAGAUCAGCUGAAGAAAGAGGUCUCAAAAGAAGUAUUGCAGGAAGCUGGGAAGUCCACUGUGAAAGCGGAUGAAGGAGCUGGCGAUGCCAGUAUGGACCUUAUUGCUGGAAAGACGAAGAAGCAGAAGCUCACAGUUUACCAGACUAUUAACAAGUUCUUGGAUUUGUCCCUGUUUACACACAGAGGCUUCUUGCUCUAUCUGUCCGGCAAUGUGAUUAUGUUCUUUGGACUGUUUACUCCCUUAGUCUUCCUCAGCAAUUAUGGCAAGAGUAAAGAGUUUGGUAAUGAGUCGUCUGCCUUUCUGCUCUCCAUUCUGGCCUUUGUAGACAUGGUGGCUAGGCCUUCCAUGGGACUGGUGGCAAACACGAAGUGGGUUAGACCGAGGAUCCAAUAUUUCUUUGCUGUCUCUGUGGUGUAUAAUGGAGCGUGCCACCUCCUGGCACCCUUCUCCACCACCUAUGCUGGGUUUUGCGUCUAUGCUGGGUUCUUUGGAUUUGCCUUUGGCUGGCUCAGCUCUGUCUUGUUUGAAACAUUGAUGGAUUUGGUUGGGGCUCAGAGGUUCUCCAGCGCUGUCGGGUUGGUGACUAUUGUGGAAUGCUGCCCUGUGCUCCUGGGACCACCUCUCCUAGGUAAACUCAAUGACAUGUACGGUGACUACAAAUACACAUACUGGUCCUGUGGAAUCAUUUUGAUCGUCUCUGGGAUCUACCUGUUUGUGGGAAUGGGCAUCAACUACCGGCUGCUGGAGAAAGAACAAAAGGCAGAGGACAAGCUGAGAAACAAAGGGAGAGAGGAGGAAACCAAUAUUGAUGAGGCCGAGAAACAAAAAGAGGCUGAGAAACAAAAAGAGGCAAACAAUGAUGUGGCUAAUGUGCCGCAGAAAAACACAGAAGAUGGCAUAAAAGAGGAGGAGAGUCGUAUGUGAGGGACUGAUUUUAAUCCUGGAGGAUUGGAGGAAGUGCUGUUCCUCUAAAAUAGUGUCUGGGGAAAAUGCUGUGCUGGUAGUGAGCAGUCAUCAGAAGUGUAUAAACCAAGUGUUCAUUUUUAAACAAAGCUCUCAGUUGUUUUUCCAUCUGGAUUCAACAGAGGUAACAGCUAAAUGUGCCAUAUCCUCUUACGUGGGUGGGAAACUUUUUUAUAUUCUGGCUUUUUUAACAGUAACAUGAAUGUACUAAUAGGUGCCUUAAAGUUUCCACCUCUAGACUACUCUGGAAGAGCCUUAAUACCACUCUGUAAACCAUGUUUUAGUUAAGUUUUUUGUGAUCUGUUUAGGGUAUGUCUUUUUUUAAAGCCACAAAAAAGGCUACUGGAUAUUUUGAGGCUCAACUGGCUUCAAUGGUGAGUCUAAAAUGAAUACUGCUUCACAUACUUCUUAACUGCCAGAUUCUUAGUGGAAGUUGGGAUAUUUUUGAGGUGGGUUAGUGGGAGGGGUGGUCUUAAAAUAUGACAAAGUCCAAACUCCUUUGGAUGACAGACACAACCUGGCUCUAUUUGUAGGCUUUUCUAGCACCUCUUGAAAACAUUUUUAGCUACUGUAGUUUUUUAAACCUCCCCCCUUUAGUUAAAUUUUCAUGGAACACUUGGGUUGGAAUUGAUGACUGAAAUUAGUGGAAGGCUUUUUUUAAAUAACUAUCUUCACUCCACUCCUUUUGGGGUGGAUCCUCAUUUUAUUGUGAUCAUCCCAUUUUCAUAAAGAACACUUGCUGAUACAGGAAGGAUUCAGGGUUAGAUCAUCCCACUUUUCCUAGGCAAAGAAAUUUCCAAACUCUCUUUGUGAUGCCUCUCUUCAAAGUAACACUAUGAAACCAAAUGGGUACAAAUGCAGAAAGUUGAGUUGUUUAGUUAGGAACCUGCUUUAGUCAGAACUAAAGGAAUUGAUGCUGGUACAUAUCGGGUCUGUGCAUCCAUCUUUCCCAUCCUAUUACUGAGUUUGGCUUUGGAACUGGAAGUCUUCCACUGCUGCUUCAUUUAGGAAAUCAGCAUCUCUACCAGUGUUGGCCAGUACUAUGUCCCUUCCUCUUCCCUAGCCCUGACCCUGAGCUUCCUAAGAGGUGGCUUCUCUGUCCUGAAGCUUCCUUUAGAUUGUGCACCCCUCCAGGAAAAUAGAGUAUUCUACUCUUCAUGGAGCUCUGUUCCAAACAAGAUGUUGCAAAGGCUUGCUGGUUUUCUAGGGUGGAUGCAACUCACUUCAGUGGGAGUGGAGUUGGCUUUUAGCAAGAGGGUAUCAGUUGUGUUACAUAUUCUCGGAGUCUGUCCUGUGUUCAGAGCAUGACUGGCUCCCUUACUGGUAUGGAUGUGGUCUUGAGUACGUGGCAUAUUGUCCUGUGCUCUGAGGCCUAUUAUUUUGCACACUAAAUGGGGCCAGAUACAGUCAAAUACUCUCAUAUGCCCAUGAGGUAAAAUAGCUAAAGCUGCGUAACUGCCCCCUCAAAAAACUCUACUUGCUCCUGUUUAAGUGAGAAUUUAAAGCAAUUUCUAACUGCUCAGAUCAAAGACCCUUAAAGUGGGAAGGGGAGGAUAUCUUCUGUUUGUACAUAUUUAUUUUUUUAGCACUGGUAAAUAUCACAACUUGCGUGAAGAGGGUUAAGCAGAUGGCCUGUGACCCGUAGGCUCCUGGUGCUUGUGUUUUAGUGAAUGUUAAACAGAUAUCCUGUAAGAGGCAUAGGUUUUUGUUUUUUUUCUCUAAUAAACUUUUGUAUAAUUCACCCAUCAAAUGUUGUUUUUUUUCUUUUCCUAGUCAAAUAUUUUAGUAUGUUUCAUAGCCACAUUCUAGAGAUGUACCAGUUGGUGUGUAUUUGGUAGGUUUUUAAGGGGAGAAGCAUGUGGGAUGUUUGAAGUUACAGAUUCUUCAGGUUGGCCUGUAAGAGGUGGUGAUGUAAUGCAGUUCACCUAAUCCAUGAGCACUUUCACAGAGAAGCAUGUUGGGGAUCAUCUGAGCUGCAUUUCUUGUGAGAUUAAGUCAAAGCAGAACAAAAACAAAGACUUGUAGUUCUCUGUGUGUCUGGAGAGUACAACACACUCUGAUGCAAAUUCAGUUUACAAUUGAGAUCCAGAAAGCUCAUUGGAAAGUAAAAACACUAAAGGAAGUGUUCCAUUCCAGAUACUGACUCUGUAGCUCCACUGAGGGCUGAGUGUGUUCACACACCUUAAAAAAAAAAUAAAAUUAAAAGUAUUAAGAAGUCUCCUCAACUGCAGAAAGAGGUUUUUUCUAUGUGGGUAGCUUGUAGCCCCAGAUGGUCAGGGACUCCGCACACAGUGAUGCCACUGCCUUACUUGGUUUUAGAGAGGAGUUUUUAGGGCUUGUCUACACUUACCAGUGCGCGGCCAUCAAUGCAUCAGCAGUUGAUUUAGCAGGUCUUGUGAAGACCUGCUAAAUUGACCGCAGAUCACUCUCCCAUCAACUCCUGUACUCCACCAGAUCGAGAAGAGUGGGGUCGACAUAGUGCAGUGUGGACUCCGUGGUGAGUAGAUCUAAGCUAUGUUGACUUGAGUUACGCUAUUCACGUAACUCAAAUUGCGUAGCUUAGAUCAACUUUUCCCUGUAGUGUAGACAAGUCCUUAGAAGCCGUUCAUACUGUCUUGGCUUGUUAAAAUAUAUAACUUAAGUUUUAAGAAAAAGCCUAAAUAUAAAUUUCUUAACAAAAAACCUAAAUGUUAAAUCAGACAGCUGAAGGAUAGGGUUUUUUUUAUGAAACUAAACCUCAUCUGGUUCCAUAGUUCUAUUAGCGUUUCCUCUCUCCAUUGUCCUAGGUUUACCUGGUCAAUUUCCAUAUUGAAGAAAGAAACUUUAAGCUAUAACUUUGCUGAAGAACUGAGUUUGCACAACAUAAGAUGCCAGACAAACAGUAGUGAUGGUAGUUCAUACAGAUCUAGGGCUAGUAGGAAUAAAGUUGAAACUAUUUUUUUUUGAGACUUUACAUAUGUACAACAUACAGCAGGUGGCCUUUGCUCUGUCACUUGGCGCCCCAGACAGUAUUACAUAAUGAACUGUGAAGUCCUCUGCCCUGUUUCCUUGGCUGCUGACUUAGUGAGUUGUUUUUGUUUGUUGUUUAAUUUCAGUCUAUUCUAAACCUACAAAAGGAACAGGUCAGGGUGUUUUCAUACUCUAGAAUAACGUUAUAAACCCAAUAGAGUAUUUUGUAUAAACAGAUUUUCUUGUACUGUACUGAGCUGUGACCUUGUAAAACCAAGAUAUUGUAUGUUUAUAAAUUUCUUAUGUCUGUCAUAGUUCACAUUGCAAUAAACUAACCUUAAAGA